AUGCAGACUAGGGGUAUAUCUGGGACAGCUGUUCUCAAAUUGUGUAACGCCCUCGACAUCUAUCCGAUUCCUUGUCUGAUUAUCUCCCUGAUGGAACAUGACAAUAUCGUACGGAUUAAGGAAGAAGUCCCAGGCGACGGUAGGACUGCAUCUCAAUUGUCGACCACUAUAACUACUGUUGAUAGUCCAUUACCGCAGGGAAAUAAGGAGGACGGGAAUUCUAUUUCUAAUGAAGAAUUUGACAUCUCGGAAUAUGAAAAAAGACUAUACGGUAAUGCGAAACAAGCAAUGGAUCUAAUUGGUGAUUUGUGCAGCCGUUCUGAACAGAUCACUGUGCAACAGAAGGAAACGCUACUCAGAUUGAAAGAGGAACAGCAGGAAUGGCGAAAGGUCACUGAAAAAAUCCAGGAAGUUACAAGACAAAAUGAACAACUUAUCAUUGCAAAACAAGAGCUGGAACAGCGCCUGACUGAACAUAAUGAAGGAAAUGGAAUGUCCCAGAGCAAUGAGGUAGAAGGAAACCAAUCUCAGACGCAAUGGCAAAGAGUGGAUAGUUCACAUAUUAUCAACAACAACCUAUCACAACCGAACAGUGUCACCUUUCUUCAGAGCACCGAUAAAAUCGUUGUUACAGAUCAUGAUAACGGUUUACUGCUUUUCUCUACACAAUUUGGACUCAUCAAAAAAGUUUCUAGUUCAGAGUGGAAAUGGCCCCAGUCCGCUAUUUACACUCUAGAUAAUAAAAUCUUGGUUUCCGCGAUGGUAAAAGAUAAAAGUGGAGACAAAACGGUAUGGAAGCGUAAUUUAAUGAGAUUUGACGAAAAACUAGAAUUCAUUUCAAGGAUUGAAGGACCAAAAUGGAUAGAGAAUGAAACGAUUACUAGGGAACAUUUGUGCAUGGCAUUAAAUGGUUACAUAUAUUUAUGCGUUACUGGAGAAACAUUUUCGGCUCUGUAUGAACUUACAACCAAUGGUCAAUGGACCGAACUUUGCCAUAAACGGAGUACAAAGUUCUCUAACAUACAAGUGUUGGCGGUCAUUGAUGUGAUAACAGAACUUCUGGUCGUAGAACAAAAACGAGGUUAUAUUUGGCUGCUGAGUAUUCGGGAAUCUACUAUAUGCGACCGAAACAUAAUUGCUGCCGUGGAAAAACCUGGAGCACUGUGCAUUGACAACGAAAACCAACUCUUCAUUCAUGACAUUAGACAGUCGAAAAUUCGUCUUUUAGAAGCACGUACCUUUGAGGCAUUGCAGGAUGUAGCUCUUACUUCUAAAAAUCUAACAGCUAUCACUGCUUAUCAAGGACUGUUGGUCGCAGUUUAUUGCGCUGACAAAAUUAUUCACCUCCAUAGGUAUUCACUUCCCCAUAAAAAGAGGUUCAUCUCAACAUCAAUUCGUUUCUGUGAUAUGGAAAAGGAUUGA